AUGGGAGACAUGGGAGAUCCACCAAAAAAAAAACGUCUGAUUUCCCUAUGUGUUGGUUGCGGCAAUCAAAUUCACGAUCAGUAUAUUCUGAGGGUUUCUCCGGAUUUGGAAUGGCAUGCGGCAUGUUUGAAAUGUGCGGAGUGUAAUCAGUAUUUGGAUGAGAGCUGUACGUGCUUUGUUAGAGAUGGGAAAACCUACUGUAAAAGAGAUUAUAUCAGGUUGUACGGGAUCAAAUGCGCCAAGUGCAGCAUCGGCUUCAGCAAGAACGACUUCGUGAUGCGCGCCCGCUCCAAGGUGUACCACAUCGAGUGUUUCCGCUGCGUGGCCUGCAGCCGUCAGCUCAUCCCUGGGGACGAGUUCGCGCUUCGGGAGGACGGGCUCUUCUGCCGUGCGGACCACGACGUGGUGGAGAGGGCCAGCCUGGGCGCCGGUGACCCACUCAGCCCUCUGCACCCGGCGCGGCCACUGCAAAUGGCAGCCGAGCCCAUCUCUGCCAGGCAGCCGGCCCUGCGGCCCCACGUCCACAAGCAGCCCGAGAAGACCACCCGCGUUCGGACUGUGCUGAACGAGAAGCAGCUCCACACCUUGCGGACCUGCUAUGCCGCCAACCCACGGCCAGAUGCCCUCAUGAAGGAGCAACUGGUGGAGAUGACAGGCCUCAGCCCCCGCGUGAUCCGGGUCUGGUUUCAAAACAAGCGGUGCAAGGACAAGAAGCGGAGCAUCAUGAUGAAGCAGCUCCAGCAGCAGCAGCCCAAUGACAAAACUAAUAUCCAGGGGAUGACAGGAACUCCCAUGGUGGCUGCCAGUCCAGAGAGACACGAUGGUGGCUUACAGGCAAACCCAGUGGAGGUGCAGAGUUACCAGCCGCCUUGGAAAGUACUGAGUGACUUCGCCUUGCAGAGUGACAUAGAUCAGCCUGCUUUUCAGCAACUGGUGAAUUUUUCAGAAGGAGGACCGGGCUCUAAUUCCACUGGCAGUGAAGUGGCGUCGAUGUCCUCUCAGCUCCCAGAUACACCUAACAGCAUGGUAGCCAGUCCUAUUGAGGCAUGA